AUGGUAUGCAGGAGUGGUGUAAGGUCUGUGGUUGUUCAUGCUGGAACCUUUGCCAACAGAGUGAAAAUCAACGGAUUUGGGAGGAGUUUGCGGUUAGUUCGGGGUUUUUCUUAUUGGCCGAUUCGUGAAUAUAACACAAACACAGGGAUGAUGGUUGAUACGGGUUCUGUGUCAAGGGCCGCACCUAUUAUUGAUAUGAUGCCUGAGAAAGAUGAUGAUGGUCGGUUUGGCAGUGGAGGGUGGAAAAGUGAAGAUGGAAGACUUAGCUGUGGGUAUUCAAGUUUUAGGGGGAAGAGAGUGACGAUGGAGGAUUUUUAUGAUAUUAAGACAUUGAAGAUUGGCGGAAAAUCAAUAUGCUUAUUUGGAAUAUUUGAUGGUCAUGGUGGUUCCCGAGCUGCUGAGUAUUUAAAGGAGCAUCUCUUUGAUAAUCUCUUGAAGCAUCCAAAAUUUUUGACAGAUGCCAAAUUGGCUAUAAGUGAAACUUAUAAACAGACUGAUGCUAAUUUUCUGGAUUCUGAAAAAGACACCUACAGGGAUGAUGGAUCUACAGCUUCUACAGCUGUCUUGGUUGAUAACCAUCUUUUUGUAGCUAAUGUUGGAGAUUCUAGGACCAUAGUAUCCAAAGCUGGUAAAGCAAUUGCUCUCUCUGAGGAUCAUAAGCCAAAUAGAAGUGAUGAGCGGAAGAGAAUUGAGAAUGCCGGUGGUGUUGUCAUGUGGGCAGGUACUUGGAGGGUAGGAGGGGUACUAGCAAUGUCUCGUGCCUUUGGUAACCGUAUGUUGAAGCAGUUUGUUGUAGCAGAACCUGAGAUCCAGGACCAGCAGAUAGAUGAACAAAUUGAACUGCUUAUUCUUGCCAGUGAUGGACUCUGGGAUGUAGUACAGAAUGAUGAUGCUGUUUCUCUUGCGCGCACAGAAGAGGAGCCUGAGGCAGCUGCUCGGAAGUUAACAGAAGCAGCAUUUGCCCGUGGGAGUGCAGAUAACAUUACAUGCAUUGUGGUGCGCUUCCAUCAUGACAAGGAGGACUUAGCUAAACGUCCCAAACAAGACGUAGCUAAACCUGACAAAGCAGACCUUGAUAAACCUAAAGAAGACGUAGCUAAACCUGACAAAGCAGUAUCAGCUAGUGCUCAGCAUGAGUAG